AUGUCUGCAUUUGAAACCUUACACAUGCGUAAGGUUUUUGACGUGACUGGGCUAGAAGGGAAGGGAAGUCAACAUCCCUUUGGUGCCAUGAACCUCCCUCAGACGCCAACAGUGGCCCAGAUUGGAAUCUCUGUGGAACUGCUGGAGAACCUUGCUCAGCAGACUCCUGUUGCAAGUGCUGCUGUGUCAUCAGUAGAUUCAUUCACGGAGUUCACUCAGAAGAUGUUGGAUAACUUCUAUAAUUUUGCUUCUUCAUUUGCCAUUACUCAGGCACAGAUGACCCCAAAUCCUUCUGAAGCUUUCAUCCCUGCAAAUGUAGUUCUGAAAUGGUAA